AACAUGUACUCAAGUGCAUUCUCACCAUAUUUUGGGAAGUGACUAUCAAACGCUGUAAGUAUUUAACACGGAAAUGAAUCAUAGGAUUUUGAAGCACUCUUUCUGAUAAGCAAAACUACAUGAUAUCAGCUGGGUAUGAUAGACAGACUACAAACACUAAAUGAUAGAGCAAGGAGAAACAAGUGCGGUGAAUAAUGGAAAAGAUUGACUAUGAUUAAUACAGUUCAAAUGACAAAUUUGACAAGCGAGGCUCAAUUUUUCAAAAUAUGAAUUGAUGACAUUUCUCCUUUCAAAUAAAAAAUACAGGAGGGGAUAUUGAAAAUAAGAUAAGAUAAUCAAUCUGCUUUUGGAUUUCUCAAAUAAACAUUGAUACCAUGAGAUGAAAAAAGGAAUGUCCAGUUGUCAGUAGUGUAAAUUGAAUUACGCUGAUGUCAUUUAUGGAAAGAAUUUUGUGGUCUUAUUCUUUAAAACUUUAGGCGUUAAACAAACAGAUUUCACCCAGGCUCAACUCGAAUUCCCCGCCACACAAACGGCCAUAUUGAACAGAUUAGCACAGCUUGUGUAAUUCAGAGGACAAAUAAAAUUCUGUUUGAUCGCUAAAUUUCUCAACGUUGUCACCAGAGACUAUUGUCUGUCAUCUAAGAUAAUCCACUAAUCCCCUUACUAUUUUUCGUUCCAUGUCGAUGAGACGGAAUUUAAAACCACAUAAAACACCUAGCCCAGAGGUAAGAUUUGGUAAAGUUAAAAGGAAAAAAACUACGCGUUCAUGUCAUAUCUUCAAGGUUUUUUUCCCUCGAAUUUCCACGAGUAGUUUAGAACAGGAAAACAGCACAUCAACUUCCAUAAAUUUCUAACAAUGUUGGUAUCUAAAGUUUGACUUGAUAUUAACAGUUUAGCUUUGAAAUUCAACAGGCCGGCAGACGAUAAAUUAAUAGCAAUAUUCCUCUACCAUAGUUGUUGAAAUCAUAAGAAUAUGCUCAGUAAUUGUUGAAAUGUGGACUUUUUUGGGGAGCACGCACUAUAUUUGGACGACUUGCGGACCUAGAACAUUUCAUUCCACUUGGCCAAGAGGAAACGUGGGUCCGAGUUCUAUGCCAAAUAAGCCUCUAGAGCUUUUGCCUUCCAAUUGGAAAUAAUUCCCAUCUCUACAAUAUAGCCAGAUUUGCUGUUUCGGUUCGUCAUCGACCAUUGUUUAAUCCAUUCACCUUCAAACAAUAGUCUAGGAGAAAUGCAUCAUCAAACUAAUUGCAAUAUAAUGAGAUUGGUUGUUCGAAAGCGACCAAUUGUUCUUAGCUAUUAUGCGGGAAAGGUAUUGAGUCAUCGAGUGUUUUUAUUAUGCAAAAGAAAUGCUUUGUCGCUUAGCUGUUCCAGUUACCUCAAGGAAAGUUAGUUCAAGAGAAAUAGCAUCAGUGUUCAGACAGAUGAGAUUGAAUAUCAUAACAACUGCUUUGACAUUGAGGAGAAAUUUUGUACCUCAUGCGGAUCUUUUUACUAAUAACGGAUACAGAAUACAAGACAAAGAUUGUCAUUUUAUUCUAAUUGAACAAAUUAAGGAAUUUUUUAAUUUGGCAGUAAGAUAAUUAUGAUGAACAAUAUAACAACCUCAUAUUCAAUAUAUUACUAUGUAUUAGGUGUCGUGAUCAGUUUCACUUUUGGGCUAUUAGUACUUGAGAGGUCCUUUUGAAAUGGUUGUGUGGUAUGCUAAGAAUUUGUCAUACACGCUGAAAUGUAAAAUGACAUCCUCACAAAAACUUGUUGUGACGGUCGGGAGGAAGUGUGGCCAAUAUUUUUACUUCAACAAUGAAUUUGGUGUGAAUUUUAAAUUACUGAGCAGUUUUACUGAUUUAUUUUCCUGUUAUAGUGGAGGUAUCACUUCUGUCAUUGCUACAGAAUUGAUGGAUUACUAUGGUAAAUGAUUUUUUAUCAUUUUAUCAGUCAAGUCAGCAUCAUAUAGAGGAUGAACAAUUUGAGUUCAGGUAACAGGAAGGCCUCUUUGAAUCUCGGGCAAACAAAUGCCAAAUGUGCAAGAUGUGGAAAGACUGUGUACUUUGCUGAACAAGUAUUUGGUUGUGGAAAGAAAUGGCAUAAGCAGUGUUUUAAGUGUGUGGCUUGUAACAAAACUGUGAACAGUUCAACCAUGCGGGAUAAAGAUGGUGAGCUGUACUGUGCCAGUUGUCACACCAGAUCAUUUGGUCCAAAGGGUUAUGGUUAUGGGGUUGGCAGUGGUGUGCUUAGUACUGACACUGGUAAGGCAGGAGAGACUGUUUCCACAGCUCCAAAAACUGCCCCCAUGAAUUAUUGUCAUUCAGGACAGGGGAAACUUUGUCCAAGAUGCAAUCAAGUUGUGUAUGAUGCUGAAAAGGUUCGAGCAGUUGGUAAAGUUUUUCACAAGUUGUGUUUCAAGUGUGCAACAUGUAACAAGGGUUUGACCCCAACUACCAUGAGAGACCAUGAGGAAGAAAUAUACUGCAGAGCGUGCUAUGAAAAGAACUUUGCCCCCAAAGGAUUUGGAUUUGGUUCAGCAUUGAUGAGGACAUGAGUAUCACAAGAACAACAAAAAUACUAUUUAUCCUCUGUGUAAAUAUCAUAAGGAAAAUUGAGUAACCAUUAUCAGUACUGACACUCUCCUUAAUGCUAUUUUUUAUGUUUCAAUUUUUUUUAGUGUAGACACCAAUUAUUUUUUUGGGAUGAUACUACUAACUGUGUUUGGGAUAGUUAGGUUUUUUUAUGUCAAGAUAUAUAAUAUAUUUUUCAUAGAUACCAGUAAGUUUUUUUUUCUUACCACACUUUAUAGCUACUUAUUAAACAGAAGACUCUGAAAUGCUGAUAAAAAUUAAAUAGAAAAUGCGUUCUAAACAAUUUCCCUGCUUAUAAUGCAGAACGGUGCAGAUGUGAGAAAGGUGUAGCUUAGGGUGUAGCUUAUGGGGGCUGUAAGGAGCAUGUGAUAAUCCCAUCCCUCUUUGUCAAUAAAAUAAGGCAAUUAUAAUCAAAAACAGAAACCAGAAAGUACUACCAGAAAGAUUGCAGUUUGGGAUCCUCUUUGUUAAGGCCUUCCUUCUGUUUAUCCUACAUCACCAAGUUGUCAUGUAAAAUAGACAAAUGAAGUUAUGGAGACAAAUUUAUUGAACCUGGGAUGCUAUGGAAUCUCUUUUUGAGACACGUCUAAUCAAGGAACAUAGACUUUGGUUCUUAUAAAAAAAUUCUCCGAUAAUUAUUUCUCAGUGAAGUUAUCUUUGUUGAAGGUACACCUCAAUUCAAGGGAAACUUUUUCUAGUCCAGUGGGUGUGUCAUUUAUAGACGCUCUAUUUAAUGUUUUCCAUCCAUUGAUGGAGAUUUCUAUUCAGGAGACAAGUUUAAUAUUUGUAACUUUCCCAGGAAAGCAGGUUCCACUUAACUAUAGCUUAAGGACUGCAGGUUCAUUAGAAAGGUGAUUCAAAGAUUAAAUAAGGUGCCAUUGCAAGGUGGUGUAACAAGGAGGAGGGGGGCUACUUUAAACUGAUUUUCUAUCACUCCCAUUUUUAACAGGUUAUAUUAUAGCUGUUUGAGCUUUAUGCAGUUUAUGAAAUUAUGGAUUAAGUCCAAUAGUAGUUGAGCUUAGUACUUAGUAGGGCAUUGUCUGAUAUCUAAGUGGCUUUAUGGCUGAGGGUAUUUCUUUGACAAGCUUCAAACUGGGUUUUUGUCUUUUAAAUAACAAUAAAUCCAUUACAUCA